UGUGACAUGAGUGUUUUUCGCUCUGGUUUGUUCUCUGGAAGGGUUGCCAUUGUCACUGGCGGUGGUACGGGAAUUGGUCGAAGCAUCACAAGAGAACUGCUUCAUCUAGGAUGUAGGGUCGUCAUUGCUUCACGAAAAGCAGAGCGACUGCAAGCCGCAGCAAGCGAAAUGGGAGCAGAAAUUAAAGAUUCGAGCAGCAUAACGGCCAUUCCGUGCAAUAUCAGGAAAGAAGACGAUGUGAAGUCUCUGAUGGAGUCGACCUUGCGAACAUACGGGAAAUUAGACUUUUUAGUAAACAAUGGCGGAGGUCAAUUUUACUGCCCGGCAGAGAACAUAAGUCUGAAGGGAUGGCAUGCAGUCAUUGAAACCAAUCUGACAGGGACGUUCCAGUGUUGUCGAGAGGCGUACAAUCAAUGGAUGAAGGACCACGGCGGAUCGAUCGUUAACAUCAUUGUCAAUUAUUUUAACGGAUUCCCUGGCCUUAUGCAUUCGGGAGCCGCUCGUGCAGCAGUUGACAACAUGUCACGGUCUUUAGCUGUUGAAUGGGCAUCGUCAGGUGUUAGAAUCAACUCUAUAGCUCCCGGGACGAUUUUCUCAGAGACGGCAGUAGCAAAUUAUCCAAACGGUGAAAUGUUGUUUGAACGAGCAAGAUCGAUUGCUCCGGCAAAGCGACUUGGUACCGUCGAAGAGGUGUCAGCUGCUGUUAUGUUUCUUCUCUCUCCGGCUGCUGCUUACAUCACUGGUGAGUCACUGAGAGUCGACGGGGGCACGGCUUUGUUCACGACGACAUGGCCGAUAGAUGAUCAUGAUAGACUGCCAACUUAUCGAUGGCAAGAGACAGACGGAACAAAGUCAAAACUGUAGCAGUUGUGUAUUGCAUGUGGUGAUAUAGAUGUACAUGUAUAAUUUUAUAGUACAUGUACAUUGUCUAUAUAUAAAUGGACUGUUGGGAUAUUUAUAUUGUGUGUACGGUAGUAUGCACAAGCUUGGCUUAAACAUCUGGACAGAAAAGCAUCCAAA